CACUCACAUUAGCCGCCGGCAUCUCACUCCGAACAGAUUUCGCCAUGAAGUUGAUCGUCUGCAUUGUGCUGGCUGUGUCAGCCAUGGUGGCUGCCGACGAGGGCUUCUUUCCCCAGUCUGCCCAGUCAGCGCCCGAUACCUACAGCAACUACAACUAUAACAACUAUUACGAUCACCAGCCUCCCAAACAGACUGGGUGGCUGGACCGCCUGUUCGGAGAUACCCGACGUCAGGGAUUGGGAGGCCUCCUCGGAGGACUUGGUGGACUUGGAGCCGCCGGCCCCAUCAUCGGAGUGGUGGUCGCCGUCGUUGCUGUGGUCGCGGUUGUGGCUGGCAUCGGCUACGUCGUCACCACCAUCAACUCAUCUGGCCGAGGCCUGGACACGGACGAAUGGGAGGUGAACCACUCGGUCUGGAUGGACCAGCUGCAGCGGGACUUCGAGGACUCGUGGUCGACGCAGUAGGCCUGGGACGUACAUCAUUUGCAAACGUCGCAGUUGGCACGCGCGGAAUCCAUCGCGCGCCGCGGGCUGCGUAGCAUGUCUCGAUAUGGGGGAGAAGUGUUUCUGUUCUCCGAAAAUUGCUCACUGAAGGGAUCAGAAGCUUUAACUCCAUUUGCCCUGUAGGCCCGUUUUGUAUGCUCUCUAGUCAAGGCAUUCAGACUAAGGUUGCGACCGUGGGGUCUGCAUGACACUAUUUUUUUUAAAUCAGCGAAUGCUUUCUUAUGAUGUAAUUUUUGGAACGCUCCAGUCCACAAAUAUGCUAUUGAUUUUACUCCGGAUGUAAAACGUGACGAAUCCUACCCUCCACCAAUCUCUCUGGAUUUUCAGCUUUUUCGCCUCCAACUUUAGUCAAAAGUUUCAACCAAUAGUGAGACAAGAGCUCAUAAUUAGCUGUCAUAAUUGGUACUUAAGCACGGCACAUAUAAAAGUCGGCAAUGCACACCUGUUUUUAACAUGAUUGAUUUGCUUAACUCACUUUGAAACGCAAAGCCGUCGCAUGCAGUAAGCACAAUGCGCCCGAUGGGUCGAACUGUUUGCAUACCAUUGACGACGGACUAAAACUGCCUGCGUUGUCUUUCAGUCCUGUUGUUAUGGCAAUUCGCCAGUCGCCAGACGUCGUCAGUUUUGAAGACUCGUUUGUUUUGCCAAUUUGUUUUUUGUUUUUAAUGUUUUGUGCUGUUGUGCGCUUGUUUUUGUUGCGUUGGAGAUAUGACAAGCCUGUUACGCCUGCACUACUGAUAAUUGUGUUGACCAUUGUAAUACAGUGGACCAUAAACGUGCGCGGCUUGAA